AUGCAUUCGAAGCGCGUCCUGACAAACGCCGAUUUCGAGAACGUCAACGAUUAUUGCAUACAACUGAAUCGAUGGUUUCUUAAGUCGAUCGGCGCCUGGCCGCAGCUGACCGCGCCGAGCACAGUGAAAAGAAUCGCCGUGUCGAUGCAAAUCGGUAUCUUCGCGAUCACGACCGCGAUCAUUCUGAUCCCGUGCAUACUAUAUGUGAUGUUCGAGAACGUGGACAUAGAGUCCAAACUGAACGCCGGUGUACCGCUGAUUUUCAGACUUCUGGGAGCGUUGAAUUAUUGUGUGCUGUUUAAGCGCAACAAAGACAUCUACGAGCUCAUGCAGCAUAUGGAGAUGGAUUGGAAGCGCGUGCAAAGAUUCGACGAUCGCGAAGUGAUGCUGCAGCACGCCCGGUUCGGCCGCUUCGUCGCCGGGAUGAGUGCGAUAUUUUUGUACACUUCUACAGCGUUUUUCAGCGUGAUCAGACUGCUGAGAACCGUUUCGUUCACCGUCGGCAACGAGACUUUCAAGAUGUAUCCGAUGACGUGUCCGAUGUACAGCAAAAUCAUCGACGCGAGAUUCAGCCCCGUGAACGAAAUCCUGCUGAUCGUGCAGUUCGUGUCGUCNUUUGCAUUGAGCUCCGCCACAGUGGCGAUAUGCAGUCUCGCUGCGGUUUNCGCGAUGCACGCUUGCGGCCAGCUGAACGUGUUGUACAUAUGGCUCAACGAACUCGUNGAGGAUCACAAGAAGGGCNUUUCGGCGGAGAACAAAUUACCUACCAUUGUGAAUCAUCAUUUGAGAGUCCUCAGUUUUAUAACGCAUAUAGAAAACAUUCUGCAUAAAGUAUGUCUAGCGGAAAUGACGGGAUCCACAUUAAAUAUGUGUUUGCUUGGAUAUUACUCUCUUACGAAUUGGGGUUCAUUCGAUGCUAUGAAAAUAUUAUCGUAUAUUACAGUAUAUUUAUCGAUGAGUUUCAAUGUAUUUAUAUUUUGCUACAUUGGUGAAACUCUAGCAGAACAGUGCAAAACUGUGGGUGACGUGGCAUAUAUGACUGACUGGUAUAAACUGCCUCGUAAAACUGCACUCUAUUUUAUUUUGAUAAUCAUGCGAUCGAGUAAAAUAAUCAAGAUGACCGCGGGAAAGAUAGUCCAAUUGUCCAUCGCAACUUUUGGCGAUGUAAUUAAAACUUCCAUGGCGUAUUUGAACCUUUUGCGAACAAUGACUACAUGA